AUGAAAGUGGAUCUGCAUGCAGCAAAACCAGCUUCAGGUUGGCAAAUUCUCGUGUGCGUCUGUGGUGGUGUUUCGAUAAUUCAUGUUUCCAUGUUUGGUUUAGAUAAAAAUCAGAAUUUUAGUAAAAGUUCACGGAAUGCCAUAACGAGUUCCUACUACAGAGGAGAGCUAGGCGCCUUGCUCCUGGCUCGUCUCCGACAUAACGAGGAGGGUGACAUUCGAGAAAAAAUGGCCAUACGAAGAAAGGAGUUUGGAGGCUCAGACACGAUGAUUAUUCUAGUAGGCGACAAGUCUGAUUUGAGUAAUUCAAGAAAAGUCAAUGUAGAAGAUGGGCAAAGUUCAGCACUACUAGAAGAAAUAGUCUUUAUUGAAAUAUCUGCUAAAGAGAAUUUGAACGUGGAAGAGGCAUUUCAUCAAAUGGUAGGCAGAAUUCAUGAAAUAAACAGUAAAAAAAGACUUGAGAGAUAA